AUGUGGGACAGGAACAUCAUGUCUUCUUGCGAAGUAGUAAAAGACCGUUUAUAUUUUGCUACGGUGAGUUGCAAGCCUCGAAACAACGCUUCGUAUCAUUAUUUUAGCGUAGAUCACGAUGGGACUCUAGACGGUUGUAAAUUUCAAGACACACCUUACUUCGGACCUUCGAAUCUAGCUGGAAUUUAUCGUUUCUGCUGUCUUGUAAACACUAAACUUCACGUGAUCCCUGCCUCGAAGAAGAUAGUACUUUACACUACUGCUAACGAGGGACUUGCCGAAGCGAAAAAGCGAGCGAGGUCUGUCUUCCUGUGUGGUGCGUUCGCGAUGUGUCAACUCAAAAUGACCGCCGAAGAAAUAUACGGUUUACUAGAAGAACACUUGCACUCUUCAAAUUUGGCUCCUUACUGUGAUAUUAAUGGCAAUGUAUCUCACAACCUUAGUAUCUUAAACUGCCUUAAAGGUUUUGAGAAGGCAACUGCGUUGGGGUUCUUUAAGUUCGACGAGUUCGACUUGAAUAGAUACGAGCAGGAGGAGCACGCUUUUGAUCUGAACUGGAUUGUUCCCGGUAAGUUGUUGGCGUUGAGCGAUCCUCAAAGAAGGCCAGAAGUAAAAGCGAGUCGUUUCAGUCGACUAAGGAAAUAUUUUAGACAGAUUGGUGUCAAGGGAGUUGUAAGACUGAACAAGGACGACAACAUGAUCAAAUACGGGCUUAUUUACGAUGUGCGUUGUUUUACCGCCAACGGUUUUAGUCACAACGACUUUUACUUCGAAGAUGGCGGGAUCCCUUCGAAAGCGAUUAUCAAGAAGUUUACGAGAGCCGUAGACCAGUGUGAUGGAGCCGUGGCCGUUCAUUGCCGAGCAGGUCUGGGAAGAACAGGGACUCUGAUCGCUUGUUAUUUGAUCAGGCAUUACCGAUUUUCAGCUGCCGAAGCCGUGGGUUGGUUACGCAUCUGUAGGCCGGGCAGUGUGUCUACUCUACAACACUGUUUCUUGGAACAUAAACAAGAACCAAUCAUGCGUGGAUAUCCGGAGGACAUGAAGAUCGAAGACCUGACUGACGCAUUUGAGAAAAGCUUGAACAUAUUUUCCUUCCAGUGUAACACGAUUAUCGAGGAAAAUGUGGUGUAA